UGGUCGCAGCACAUAAGCAAAUGCAUUCCUGUACCGUAUCCCUGAAAGCUUUUCAGCAAAUGCAUUCAAGCGACUACAGAAGCUUCUCUCAGCAAUAAGCCACCCUUCUGCCAUCAACAAGUUAAGACAAAAAAGCCAUAGCAGUGGAAAGCAUUUUCAAUUAAGCUGCAGUACAAAAAGAACUCCCAAUUCAGCACUGUUUAAGGAAUUAACAGACCUACCGCUGGAAAUCAAGGAAAUGAAUUCAAAAGGAAUAUGAGAAAAGAGGAUGUCAAGUCAUUUUUUUUCCUCGGAUGAGGACAGUAGAAGAAAGUAAAUUAUUCAAAGGUUGUCAGCGUUAGAGCCUUUUACAGACUCACUGUGUUGAGUCUAAAACUGCGACUGAAUGCAACCGCCAACGUACUCAAAAGAAUGGGCUUACAUUUCAAGUGGCCAUUAGGGGCUCCUAUGCUGGCAGCAGUAUAUGCAAUGAGUAUUGUUUUUAAAAUGCUGCCUGCCUUGGGCACGGCUUGUCCGCCAAAAUGCCGUUGCGAGAAGCUGCUCUUUUACUGUGACUCUCAGGGGUUUCACUCAGUGCCAAACACCACUGACAAGGGCUGUCUAGGUUUGUCUUUGAGGCACAAUGUUAUUAUGGAACUUGAAGGGGAUCAGUUUGCAAGCUUCAGUCAACUUACUUGGCUUCAUUUAGACCAUAAUCAAAUUGAUACAAUAAGAGAAGAUGGUUUCCAAGGACUGUAUAAACUCAAGGAAUUAGUUUUAAGUUCAAAUAAAAUCUCUUAUUUGCCAAACACAACUUUUAGCCAACUGCUUAACCUGCAACAUUUGGACCUCUCUUUCAAUCAAUUGUCUGCUUUGCAUCCUGAGUUGUUCUAUGGCCUUCGCAAACUGCAAACCUUGAGUUUACGUUCCAAUUCCCUGAGGACUAUCCCAGUCCGUCUAUUUUCAGACUGCCGUAGUUUGGAUUUUCUGGAUUUGAGCACAAAUCGCUUGCGAAGUUUGGCACGCAAUGGAUUUGCAGGAUUAAUCAAACUGAGGGAACUUCACCUAGAGCACAACCAGCUGACAAAGAUUAACUUUGCUCAUUUCCUACGGCUAAGCAAUCUGCACAUGCUCUUCUUGCAGGGGAAUAAAAUUAGCAACUUGACAUGCGGGAUGGAAUGGACCUGGGGCACUUUAGAAAAGCUAGAUUUGUCCGGAAAUGAGAUCAAAGCCAUUGAUAUGACAGUUUUUGAAACAAUGCCUAAUCUUAAAGUACUCCUAAUGGAUAACAACAAGCUAAGCACUCUGGAGUCCAAGGUUUUAUAUUCACUUACAACCCUUACUACAGUGGGCCUCUCCAGCAAUCCCUGGGAAUGCAGCCCCAAAAUAUGUGCACUAGCCACAUGGCUGAGUGGCUUCCAAGGUCGGUGGGAGCAUUCGAUACUUUGUCAUAGCCCAAACCACACCCAGGGAGAGGAUAUUCUAGAUGCAGUUUAUGGUUUUCAGCUUUGUUGGAAUUUAUCAACUGUUGUUACAUCCAUUGCUACAAGUUACAGAGCUCCAACGACUGAAUAUACAAAAAGGAUAAGCUCCUCAAAUUUCCAUGUGGGAGACAAAGAAAUUUCAACUACGACAGGCAUACCCAUUACUACAGAAGAGCAGUUGCCUGAACCGAACAAUGCCAUCUUCAGCCAGCAGGUAAUUACAGGAACAAUGGCUUUAUUAUUUUCUUUCUUUUUUAUCAUUUUUGUAGUGUUCAUCUCCAGGAAGUGCUGCCCUCCCACAUUAAGAAAAAUUAGGCAGUGCUCAAUGAUUCAAAGCCACAGGCAACUACGAUCUCAAACACGGCUACAUAUGUCAAACAUGUCAGACCAAGGACCAUAUAAUGAAUAUGAAGCCAGCCAUGAAGGACCUUUCAUCAUCAUUAAUGGUUAUGGACAGUGCAAGUGUCAGCAACUACCCUAUAAAGAAUGUGAAGUAUAAUAUAUACAGGUAAUCAAAAAACAAAAAACAAAAUCAGAUGAACUUAUUUUAAAUUGCAGGGAUCCUACACAUAUUUUUGAUUUUUUUACAAAUGUUGAGAAAGCUUGGAUUUUUCUAGGCUACUUGUUUUGAGUGAUGCAGUAUCUAAGGGUGGCUUUUUUAAACCCAUAGUAUUUUCUGUGUUAAAGCAGCAAUGUUUGCAUUCAAUUUGCACUCCUGAUGUUUGGAAGUCUAAAUAUGCUCAACCCAAAAUAUGUAAACUGCUUCAUGUUAUGUAAUUAUACGUGUAAAUUUUUACUCUCAAGCCUCCAGAUUUGAUUUAGAAGAAUAGUCUGGAUGAAAAGAUGUUAGGUAUAUAUUUACAGGACCCAGUGAAGGGAGGACAUUUUAUCAAUUGAAGCAUUGUAGCUAUGAUCCCCAACAUUUCAGCUGGCUCGGUUUUCUUUUGAAGUAGAGAUUUAAUGGAAUUUUCUUCAUAAAAAAAAAAAACCUGGUUCUUGGGACUUAUGAUCUACAGUGGAAAGGUGCAAAAGAGGGGAUUUUCCAGUGUACUGAAGCAUGGAAAAAGAUUAUUAUUUUCUUAACUCCAUAUUGAGAGUUCAGCUUAUCUAAAUGUGUUCCAGAUUCAGAAUAUAGCUGUUGACAGUUCUGAAUAAACCAGGAUUACAUCCCCAUUACUUUGAAAUAUCAACCGUCUACAGGCAAUCAGUAGCAUGCAGUUUGGUCUUCAAAGUAUUAGAUACACUUCAACUUUUAUUAAAUCUGUCUUGACUUUUAAUGGGACACAUUUCAGACUAAGAAUCAAUAUAUACUUUACACAAAUGAAAACUGAGAUGGUUGUUUUUUUAAAGCAAACACAGAAAAUUAUUCCUUUCAUCUCCAGCUGUUUGUCUAGACCAGAAAACUAUUUUAUGCACCAACUACUGGUUUCUCUGGAGGCCAAAUUAGUCCUUGCAGUACAGCUUUCAUUUACCAUUGUAACAUCCCAAUCCAGUAAGAUUUAUGCUCAAUUCCUGGUCUGGUUUAUUCAGAAGUGAGACUUACUUCCAGAUAAAUAUGUUGGGAGGCGUAAGAACAUUUUAAUGUAGGAUAUCAGAGAUGGUUUACUAAAAAAAAAAAAACAAUUUUAGGAACACUAUUUUGCUGAACAGAAGGUUUAGAAAUAUUUAAGGCAGUACAAAACUACUCUGAACAAAACUGAUUUCUGGAUAACAAUACAGUUUCCAGAUUGGGUUAUGGAAUUGAAUAUUACUGUGCAUCUACGUAGACAGAAGUCCAUUGGAGAAUUUAUACAAUUGUUCAAAAAUCAUGAACACAUAACCAAAGCUAUAAAGUUAGAAGGAAAUGUACAUAUGUAGAUCUAACAUAUCAUGCCACGUUCAGCUGCAACAGUAUUUACAAGUACAUGCAGAGGGAAAAGAAACAUUGGUGCUUGGAUUUCUUAAAUCAGUAUAUAGUAUUGUGUGUUGUACUAUGCUGCAAAGUUUUCAACCUAACCAUUGGCUCAAAAAUCCAUUUUUAUAUGCGUAAUAUAUCUUAGUGAAAUACUUGGAUAAAUAUAUUUCAAUGCUUUAACAUAAAAGUGAGUAGUCUGGAGAUGCAAGACUUUAAAGCCACUGAGUCAAAGUCCACUACCCAUGAGCUUAAGCUUUUCAUAUUGGACUCGAUUUUAACUUAAUAGGAGGGUUCCUAUUUUUCUAGUUCUAUUAAGCCACUGACUGUUUACUAGUAGAGUGAAAAUGGAUGGACAGAUGGAAGGAUAUCUGCAAAUAUCUCAUGUAGUAAGCCAUUAUUUUAGCCAUAUACGGUGUAUUCUAUGCAUCUGGGUAAAGGGAAUUUCUCUCUGCAUUUAAACACUGCAGCCACCAAGAAUCUAUUCAGCUUCAUUGAGAUUAGUGUUCUAUAUACCAAACUCUUGUAAACUGUCAGCCUCUUCUCCCAGCUCCCACUCCAUAUGGAGACACAGAUAAUUUCAUGUCUUGCCAAGAAUCAGCUGUGCAUAACUCUAUAGGUGUGUUAGGAAGGUGGACAAAGGUGGGUACCUGGCAAUGAAAGAUAAAUGCUUAAGAGCAGAAGCCGGUCCCUUCCUUAACAAGUAGCAAACAGGCUUUUCUUUCAAAAAUGUCUGCAGUUCCUCACUAUGCUGAGUAACAAUGCACUAACUCUGUAGAAUUUAGUAUGAAGUGGGAAAUACAAAUUCCAGUAGUUUUUGCAUUUACAUUUACAUGCCCAAGAUCAUUACCACUACAAACCCUUUUUGCUUCCUAUAGCAUAUUUCCAAUUGAAAAUAGCCCAACAUUAUCCCAGUUAAUUAC